CGGGGGCGGUGGUAGGCGAGCCCCGAGUCUUCGUCUGGUGAACGGCAGGGCGACCACUGGGGUUGGCCUGCAUACCAGCAGCACCGAGUCCGUCCGUUCACCCCAUCAGCAUCUUGGUCAUCAGAACAGCAUAAACAAUAACAACAAUUAUUAUGCCGCUAACAAUGUAUCAUCGAACAAUCACUGCAAGUUGAACAAGGAUGACAGCAUCAAGAUCAGCAUCGAGAAUACCAACACGUGCACCGACAGCCUCGUCACAGCGUUAGACGACGAGACACUUCUCAUUACUGAUUUCCUUAACGACACAGGCAACGAAAUGAAUUACAAGGGCAGCGGGAAAGUCCAUUUCGGAGUGGACGAUGUCUCCCUAUAUGGCACCCCUAAGGAGGAAUUGGGCCCAGGACUUCCAGGACAGGAGGUCAAACAGAGCUUCCUCAAGAAUCAGCUGCAGGCGCUCUUCCAACCAACGGACAACAAGCUGGCGAUGAAGCUAUUUGGCAGCAAAAAGGCUCUCAUGAAGGAACGAAUCAGGCAAAAAGCUGCCGGUCACUGGGUCAUACAUCCUUGCUCCAGUUUUCGAUUCUAUUGGGAUCUCUGUAUGCUGCUGCUGCUCGUCGCCAACUUGAUAAUUCUCCCAGUUGCAAUUAGUUUUUUCAACGACGAUUUAAGUACCCGAUGGAUAGCCUUCAACUGCCUUUCGGAUACGAUAUUCCUCGUAGACAUCGUUGUCAACUUUAGGACAGGUAUAAUGCAGCAGGACAAUGCGGAGCAGGUGAUACUGGAUCCAAAAUUGAUCGCGAAACACUACCUCAGGACUUGGUUCUUUCUCGACCUCAUUUCCUCCAUCCCCUUAGACUACAUAUUUCUCAUAUUUAAUCAAUUCCAGGACUUUAGCGAGUCUUUUCAACUGCUGCAUGCUGGACGUGCACUGAGAAUCCUCAGGCUCGCCAAACUCCUGUCACUCGUCAGAUUACUACGACUCUCUAGACUCGUUCGUUAUGUUUCACAAUGGGAAGAAGUCUAUUUCCUGAAUAUGGCAUCGGUGUUCAUGAGGAUAUUCAAUCUGAUCUGCAUGAUGCUACUGAUUGGCCAUUGGAGUGGGUGUCUACAGUUUCUUGUACCUAUGCUCCAGGGAUUUCCUAGCAACUCCUGGGUUGCUAUCAAUGAAUUGCAGGAAGCCUUUUGGCUGGAGCAAUACUCUUGGGCGCUGUUCAAAGCGAUGUCCCACAUGUUGUGCAUCGGUUACGGGAGGUUUCCACCCCAAUCACUGACCGACAUGUGGCUGACAAUGCUGAGCAUGAUAAGUGGUGCAACGUGUUACGCUCUCUUCCUGGGUCACGCAACAAAUCUCAUUCAAUCUCUCGACUCAUCUAGAAGACAGUAUCGCGAAAAGGUCAAGCAGGUUGAAGAGUACAUGGCAUAUAGAAAACUGCCUCGUGAGAUGCGUCAAAGGAUCACGGAGUACUUUGAGCACAGAUACCAGGGUAAAUUCUUCGACGAAGAGCUCAUCCUGGGUGAACUAUCUGAAAAGUUGCGGGAGGAUGUGAUAAACUAUAACUGUAGGUCGCUGGUGGCAUCUGUGCCAUUUUUUGCCAACGCCGACUCAAACUUUGUCUCGGACGUCGUCACAAAGUUGCGAUACGAAGUCUUCCAGCCAGGUGACAUCAUCAUAAAAGAGGGCACAAUAGGUUCAAAAAUGUAUUUCAUCCAAGAGGGUAUUGUCGACAUAGUAAUGGCAAAUGGUGAAGUAGCCACAUCCCUAUCUGAUGGCUCGUACUUCGGUGAAAUUUGCCUCCUAACAAAUGCAAGACGAGUGGCAUCAGUCAGAGCUGAGACUUACUGCAAUCUUUUUAGCCUCUCGGUGGACCAUUUUAACGCAGUACUCGACCAAUAUCCCUUAAUGCGGAGAACAAUGGAGAGCGUUGCCGCCGAGAGGUAUAAACUUUGGCUGAACAAAAUUGGAAAGAAUCCGAAUCUCGUGGGAAAUAGGGAGGAGGACCUUGGCAGUGAAUCAAAGACGAUAAAUGCUGUCGUUAAUGCAUUAGCGGAGCAAGCUGCGCACGCUAGUGUCAGCGAGGAAUCGGUGCACAGUCUUGAGCUCCGUGCCCUCCCGACAUGCCUCCUACCUCGGCCAAAAUCAGAGAAUAAUUUCGCCAGUCAGGAAUUGACGAGGGAGGGCCGACGAAUCUUCCACAAGAGCGAUACCUUCCACAAGGAUUCGUAUCAAUGACGACACUCGUCCUAUUAGCACGCGCAGCGUUACUGAAAGAAUAUACAAUGUACAUCCGUGGAGUAUUAAUCACAGUAUUGCCCAGCUGUACCACCCACACGUAAGCAUCAAACACUCAUCAUUAAUGCUCUCUCAAGAUGCCAUAGGAAUUCCACGUGUGCAUCCACGGAGCAAUCACAUUGAAAAUUCUCCAAAAUCAUGAAAAUGUUUAAUAGGACGUAUGGACAAUGCGCGCGCACCAAUCAAUUUCGUAAUAAAAAUAAAACAAUAAAAGUUGGAACGACCCGAAAGGGACCCGAGGACUAUGUUAACUUGUUGAGAGUCCUCUGGGUCGUGGAAUCGGCUAACAAGGAAACAGUGCGGGAGAGAAUAAAACGCUAUCUUUUUACGAGAUUAGCAAAGAAGUAAUUCAUGAAUUAAAAAAAAACGCGGUGUACUGUAAAGAGAUUCAAAUACUAUAUAAAUAAUGAGAGAAAUAAAUUAUUGCGAUGAAUCACUACCAUUGCCGCAUUAUUAGGAAGUUGAGAGAUUAUAUUAAAUGCAGGUGGAUUACAAAAAAUAGAUAUUUAAUAGUGAAAUGCUAUCGAGGACGUUAUGCAAUAUUGCAGAUUUUAAUUAUUGUAAUGAAAUGAUAAGUUUAUGAAUGCAGGGUUGAUAAGUAUAUUUAAAUUGCACUAAUUUGAUUAAAUUUUACUAUUUUCGAGGAGAAAAUUCAUUUACGCGAGUUGCGACGAUCAUGAUUUUGAGGAUAAAUUAAAAACGAAUUUGGUAAAUUUGGUUUUCCCCUUUUUCCAGUUGUUGAUAAGCUACAGAUAAUAUAUCAGUUGGAAUUGUUCAUGAUUUUGAAUUAUUAGUGAGUGCCUAGAGAAUUGAUGAUGCAAUGAAUUAUAAUUUUGUAGCCCAAACAAAUCUAGCUAAAAGUCAAUGAAAUAAAUUGAGAUUACCGGUCAAUCUCCAAUUUAAAUAAAAAGCAUGAGUAACUAUGCAUAUAUGUAAAUAUGAAUAAAUUACAGUCGCUGUAGGAGUGACACGUGAAACACGCAAUUGAAACUAGGUAUUCACGAGAAUAAAAUGAUGAAUAAGAAAAAUAUCGCGUAAUGCUCGUAAGCAUUUAACACCACGAGACACAAGUGAAAGAUAAUUAAUAACAGAAUGCGAGAAAUAAAUGAAUUAAACUAUUUUUUUUGUCGGAGAACAAUGUAGCAUUUAUCCAGCCCCUUGCGUUGCGCUCUACGAAUUACCUCGUGACGUUUGCUUAUUCCGUUGAGAAGCAAUAUUUUAAUGAUGAAUUAUUGAAUGAUGAAAUACAAUUGUAAAACAAUAUACAGACCUUUACUAUUAACGAGAAAAACAGCUGUUGCCAUUGCUAUUUUAAAUUGUGAGUGAGAGGAUGAAAUUUAUGACAAGUUAAUUCAGUAUUUGAAUAAUUGAAUAGUUUAUUGUUGAAUGAUUAUCAGGGAGUUUCGUUGAUGAUGUGAGUGUUAUGCUGAUGAAAUAGGGGAAUUUAAUCGUUGACAUUUUAUUCGUUUUUAUGUUCAAUGUUUACGUGAUAUGGAGUUGUGAGAGGAUAAUAUUUCAUUUUUUUUUUGUAAGGGAACUUGUUGAAUUGAGGGGCGAGACCGGAUGGCGAAUUGAGGAUCGUCUUGUUAAAAGAAAUAAUCAAAAUUGAUAUUGAAGUGACUCGUGAGCCAAGAGUGACUACAGUGCAAUCACUAAAUUCUAGCAAUGACAAACAGCCAUUAUUUUUCUUCUCUCUCGAAUGAAACCCCUUGAGCAUAUCAGAGCAGUUCUACUCGAUACAAUACGCCGUUCAAUCAAUUGUUUAAGAGUAAGGUUUAAAGAGGAUUUAUAAGCCGAGUUGUUGGAGGUAUGAAACCGGAACGCUGCAGAUGAGUAUAGCUCGCGAGAUUGCCCUAAGCCAGUCCCAGACCACCCCCACGGGCCAUUAUUUCCGUUUCCGAUUUCACGGAUCAUGCGUAGGUAUUACGAUUAUUAAUUGAGUGAAAACAACAGAGGUGUGUGAUAUUCUGGGUAGAAUAAUCCUGGGGAUGGGAAAGUCGAGUCUUAGUUGGAUAAUCUUUAGAUCAUAAUUACAAGGUGUAGGUGUGAUGUGCGGGAUUACUGUUCAUGAGGAAGUUUCUGCAAUCAGAAUAUUUUUGGAAUUUCAAUUAAUUUAUUUUCUAUUCGUCUAAAAUUAUCGAAAAAAAUCUUUCGUCGAAGAAUUUAAUUUCUUUAUUUGCUAACAAUCAUUUUUAUCGUUUUUCAUUGUAAUUCAUGCCGUGAGCACUUCUUCUUGUUAAUUCUUAUCAUUCAAUCUUGAAAAGAUGAUUCUGAACAUAUGGAUCCGUAUAGAAAAAACAAUCCUGUUUUUUUUUAAUGAAAAUAAAAUUGUAGGACAUUAAAUCGUAUACGAGGCGGAAAUAAAAAGAAAAUUGAGAAAAGACAAUUAACAAUUCACAUUAUUCAUGUGAAUCUUGUUACAUUGCAUUCUACUCGAAAAAAAAUAAGCAAAGUGAACAAUUCAAUUUGUGCUUUUCAUCACAGACUAUUCACAAGUCUUGUGAUCAUUUCAGGAUCAUUAUGGUCAGAUUCUAUUUUAUCACAAUGAUUCUUCAAGAUUAACUUGCCGAGGACCAUCUGCACCAGAACUGACUGACGUGCAGGUCUCUCUUAAUUAUCAAUAAAUAUUUUCUAUUUCCGCAAGACCAUCAACGGAUGACACACGUCACAUUAAACUCUCCCGAGAUUCUAACACCCAAAAAUAAAUUUAAUUGCAUAAACUGCCGCACAGGAAUAUCUUCAAUAAAUUGGCGGUGUGUCUCCCAACGAAAAUAAAAUCAAGCGUCUGCGAACUCUCAUCACCUCUCCUUUACAUAUUCUUUGGGCUCUUAAUUUUUCAUGUGUUAGAGACAUGAAAGUAAAAGAAGGGAUAAUCAAGCUUGGCUGAAUCUUCCACGUUGACAUAUUUUCUAAAAUAGUAAUCUCACACGUGCCAUAGUGUCACCAUGAGGUUCGCGAGCUGAAAUGAACGGCAGCAGCAAGUGUUCCAAGUUGACCCCAACCGUAGCUUCCAAUUCCAGAAAUAUUUGAAAAUCCUCAGUUAACUUGUAGUCUUUCGCGAUUUGAUGAGUAGGGACUGUUGUUCAUUUGAAGUUAAUGGAAUUUCGUUCCUUUGGGUAUCCAGAGCGGGUGGAUCACGACACCCUGUAAGAACUAUUUUUAUAUUCUCAGCUGAACUUUAAAGAGAUAACGCGCAGUAGAGAGCCUUGUAUAAAACAGGGAGGAGGUAAGAUGAUGAACUUUCAAUGAAUUUAUGAAAAAUAUGAAAACAUAAUGUAUAUCACCCCUGCGUCAAUUUUCUACGAAAUAAUGCGUGCAGAGUCGGACAACGGGUGCACGUGCUUCUCGGUCGCCAAUUAAACAGCCUCCUAAUGUUCAUUUUAACAUUAAAAGAUUAUCGUCAAGGCAACCUGACCCUUAGCUUUCUCCGGAGAAAUUAGGAGAGUUGUAAAACAUGACAGAACAAAAUUAUCUCAAAAUGUUUCGAUAACCAGUGAUUCCAGGGAAAUGUAAACCUUUUUCCUCGAAUCACUCGUUUUUUAAAUAAAUCCAAAAGCUCUGAUGCCAUUUUGUUCAUCAUGAUUUAGCAAUUUUCUAGUGAAAUUCCCAUCUACAAUAGCUUCACUAUUUCUUGGAGG